AGAGCAUUCCUUUCGAUGUGGGAAUUAAUGAACGCCUUUUCCUUCAUCUGGGGCACUGCCUUCAACGAUUUGAUGAAAAGGAUCGUUUUUGCACGCUGGCCUUUGAUGAGAUGGCAAUAAGGGAACAUAUAAAAUAUAAUCCAUCGGCUGACUGUAUCGAAGGUCUGGAAGAUUGUGGAAGCGGUAAGAGAACCAGGCAGUUGGCAAGAUAUGCCCUAGUCUUCUUUGCCCAAGGAAUUUGCCGAGCAUGGAAACAACCUCUUGCCUAUUACUUUACAGCCAACGGCGUUUCUGCACAGAAAUUGCAGAGUGUACUGAGAGAGGUGUUAGAUGCUGCGAGUAAGGCUCACAUUCCCAUAGUGACCACCAUUUGUGACAUGGGCACUGCUAACGUGAGAGCUAUAAAAGACAUGGAAUCAGACAUUAAUAAUCCUUACUUUGUGCACAAUGAAUUGAAAAUAUUUACCAUAUUUGAUGUGCCACAUCUAUUGAAAUGUUUUCGGAACCUAUUUCGGAAAUAUAAUAUUUUGCUUCCCACUGUAUCCGUUGCUACUCAACAACAAUUAAUGCAAGCCAGGUGGUCAGAUAUAAAAAUUGCUUAUGAGCAAGACAAGAAAAAUCCACUGAUCUUUCGCAGUCUACAUAAGUUAAAAGAUUUUUAUUUAUAUCCAGUAGGCCAAACAGCUAUGAAAGUUAAAGUUGCUGCACAAACCUUGAGCCGAACAGUGUCUGUAUAUUUAUAUAAUUUAGUGCAGCAAAACAUUUUGCCACCACGAUCAUUAGCUACUGCAACCUUUAUUCAAGAAAUGGAUGAGUUAUUUGACAGCCUAAAUGCUUCAGCUAGAGUUGCACCUGAUGGCAAGCCGUUUAAAUGCAUCGUUUCCGAAGAAUCAGGCCACACUUCGUUUUGGGAAGAUGCAUUCAGAAGAGUAAAUCAAUAUAGAUUUAUAAGAAAACCAGACGAUGAAUUUAAUGCCCAUCAUUGGAAACCGCCAUCACAGCGAGGAUGGCUACAUACCUUGAGAGCCACCACUGAACUGUGGAAAUUUCUAAAAACGCAAGGGGUCAAAACUUUGAAAACAAAAUGUAUAAAUCAGGAUGGACUUGAAAACCUUUUUGGAAAUAUUCGUGCAGGCUGUGGUUCUAAUGAAAAUCCUACUGUGACACAGUUUAUCGGGUCUCUGAAAACACAAAUUAUUAAUGGACUCACAAAUCAGGGUUUGAAGGGAACAAAUUGCGAGGAAGAUGAAUUAACUCUUUUUAAGUAAUUUACGUUCCUUGUUAGAACCUGCUGCUGGUGUUUCAGAAUCCGUUGAAAGUAUGAACGAAUCAAGUAUUGAAAUUGCAGGCACCUCACUAAGUAAUUACAGCAACUCUAGUGCAUUUGCUGUUGACAUUGCAAAUGCUGUAGAAAUUGGU